AUUAAUCGUGAAUUAUUCGUACAUUCCUGCAGGAUCCCCUGGAGUGCGCACAGGGCUCUAUAAAAAGGUCGAGGUUCAUUGCCGCACCAAUCAGUGCCGAUCGGUUGGUGCGUUCGAAAUGAAUCGACUUUUGUGCAACUUUUCCGUCCUGGCAGUUUGCCUGCUGCUGCUGGUGGUGACCUUCAGUGUGCCAGGAUUCUGCGCGAGAUCGAGGAUAUUUUCCGGUGCCAGAACCGCAGAGCUAACGUACUUUUUUGGGGCGCGGGGAGCCGGUGAUACGCUUUGCUACGAGAGAACGAUUUCCAAAGGAUCAAACACACCGGUUCAGAUUCAGUACACAAGUCCGACUGCAAGAGCUAUUAAUUUUGUUACGGUUAAUGCUGAUCAGUACCACAAAUACGGAUUCCGGGUAUUCAUCGAACGAGGAGCCAUCGCAACGGCGACACUAUCCUUCCGGCUGACGGGUAAGCGCACAUUGCCAUAUAAUAUCGUAUUCCAGUUCUGGUGUGCGCCGUAGCUGGAAAGUUGAAUAUGUGCUCAAAAUAUAAAAUGGACCUGCCUUCCUCUGUAGAAACAUUACGCGUGCAAUGAAAUAAAAACACCUUCGACAACA